AUGCUACAUAUGGCAACUAUUCAAAACAGUCCUAGUUAUUCUGACACAUCGUCCUCAAUGGCAGUCGUAAAUACUCCUUUCCUUCUAUUCUCAUACCGUUAUGGAUUGGGUCUAAUAAUUCUUUUGGGUUUCUUUGGCAAUCUAGCUAGCAUCAUGUCAUUUUCACUAGCAGCAGUACGUGUUACCUCAACUGGUUGUUUGUUCUUAGUUUUGGCAGCAGUAGAUACUGUGUUUCUAUUGGCAUCGACCUUCGACUUUGUGGAAGUUGGAUUGGUUCAAGGGCCCAUAUUUCUCAAUGUUUAUGAUGUUGUAUGCCGAUUUCGUUCGUUUCUCAAAGGCUUUGCUUCAUUCUGUGCCGCAUGGAUCUUGGUGCUCGUCACCAUAGACCGUUGGAUAUGGAUACGGUACUCAUCUAAGGCGAAUAAAUGGUGUACCCAUCGACAUAUAGUUAUAGGCAUUUUGUCUACUGUAAUCAUCACUACUGCUCUGCAUAGUCAUAUGCUAAGUCCUCAAUUGUUUGGUAGACUCAUGCCUGGUAUUGCAACAUCUGCAUGUGGGUCCGUAAACCCUAUUGGUUCAUACGCGAAUUUUUACUCUUCUCAAUGGCCAUUUAUUCAAGUAAUCUUUGGCUGUCUAAUACCUAUUUCUAUUAUGCUUUUGGGUAGUUUUGAUAUUUAUCAAAACUUGCAGAAGAGGAAAUCGCGUGUCCAACCAAAGUUUGUACGUCAGGAACGUUUGAAUCGACAAAUGUUAGUCUUGAUGGCAGUAAAUAUUCUAAUCUUCUUUGCUACCACACUACCAGUGAAUGUUCGCCGAAUUCUUACUGUAUAUCAGAUGUCGUUUGCAAGUGAAAGUAAUCUACAGAGCAUUGUGAAUGAAACGGGUGGUCUUACGGUGUUAUUAACAAUGAAUCAUGCAGUCAACUUCUAUAUUCAUUAUCUGACGUCAAAAUCAUUUCGUAAUGAGUUUCUACACUGUCUCAGAGCACUUCUUCGACUUCCUCAACACUUAGCGAACAACGACGUGAUCGAAAUCCAAAUUACUCAAGUGAGAUCAAAACUCUGUACCAUUUCCCUCACAGGAAUGCGUCGUAAUCAACUUCAGACAUGA